AUGGCUUCCUUCAUGGGGGACCUGUGGUCCAGCAUCUUCACCCCAGGACCCACCCCGACGCUUUUGAUCGCGACCAACGUCACCUUCGCCGCCCUCCAGCUCAUCUUCUUCGCCCUCCUUCUAGCUACCUAUAGCCUCCACUUCGUCGCGCUAUCCAUCAUUAGCGCUGGACUAUGGUGGUCCAUCAACUGGUUCGCCGCCGAGAUGAAACUUGCCCAACAGGCGCAGGAGGCUGAGAAAGAAAAACAAGAGGGUGACAACGCGAAGACGCGCCAGAAGAGUCCCGUAAGAGAAAGCGGCGACAGCGAAACGGAGACUGAAGCUGUCUCCGCCAAAAAGACAGCCAAGUCUAGUGCUGUCGCGACUGGGAGUGCAACGUCUGGAUUGCUGCCCACGGCGCGCGAUCAUAAGAAGCGGCUCAGCACCGGUGGUGAGGGGUCUGGGUAUGGGAGCACCGAUAGUGAGUGGGAGAAGGUUGAUGAUACUCAGUCGUGA